CCCAACCCCGAUGAGAAGACAAAGCAGGAGCUCGAGGACCUCACGGCCGACAUCAAGAAGACGGCGAACAAAGUGCGCUCCAAGUUGAAAGCCAUCGAGCAGAGCAUCGAGCAGGAGGAAGGCUUGACCCGCUCCUCGGCCGACCUCCGCAUCCGCAAGACCCAGGGCCGCACCACCACCAAUGAGGAGCUGGAGGACAUGCUGGAGAGCGGGAAGUUGGCCAUCUUCACCGACGACAUCAAGAUGGACUCGCAGAUGACCAAACAGGCGCUGAACGAGAUCGAGACGCGACACAACGAGAUCAUCAAGCUGGAAACCAGCAUCCGGGAGCUGCACGACAUGUUUGUGGAUAUGGCCAUGCUGGUGGAGAGCCAG